AAUAAGAAAUACUCAUGGAAAUAAUGGAUCCCUAUCAGAGCGAGUGUAUUAAAGUACACAAGCAAACAGUGUAGUGCACGGAAAACAGGGGAAAGAAACAAAAGGAAAUCCAUCAAAAUGCUAUAAAAGACAAAUGGCAACAACGAAAACAACCUAUCUGUCUUUCACACUCUGAAAAUCCUUCCGUUCCAUUCCAGACAAAAAAUGGAUUCAGCAAUUCCACCGUCGACGGCGGCGGAGCUGGACCUGAACAACCUGAAAGCACUGAAAGUUGUGGGCAAAGGUGCCAUGGGCACCGUGUUCUUAGUUCAAGACCAAGACGACUCCUCUGGACGCAGCCCGUGGGCAGUUAAGGUGGUAGAGAAAUCAUCCACGGAAGCUGACCGUCGUGCCCGUUGGGAAAUCCACGUCCUAUCCCGUUUGUCGCAUCCCUUUCUUCCUUCCCUUAUCGGCACCUUUGAAUCCGAUCAAUUGUUGGGCUGGGCCCUACCUUACUGUCCCGGCGGCGAUCUCAACGUCCUCCGUUACCGCCAAACAGAUCGUGUCUUCUCCCCCGCCGUCAUCCGUUUCUACCUGGCAGAGAUCGUCUGCGCUCUAGACCACCUUCAUAGCAUGGGCAUCGCCUAUCGCGACUUAAAGCCCGAAAAUGUCCUCAUUCAACAAUCCGGCCACGUCACCCUCACUGACUUCGAUCUCUCCCGCAACCUCACACACAAAACCGUCAAAACCGUCAUUUUUCUAGAAGAUUCCAAAUCUCCGGAAAUUACUCGCCGGAACUUCCCUAACUGGAUCGACACUAACAUAAUGGGCUUGAAGAAGGCCAAGUCCUCCCGAGUCAGCCCCGUGAGUCGACGAAAGCUGAGUUUCUCCAACGGCGAACGGUCCAACUCGUUCGUCGGCACGGAGGAGUACGUCGCGCCUGAGGUUGUCCGCGGCGACGGACAUGAGUUCGCCGUUGACUGGUGGGCCCUGGGGAUACUUACGUAUGAGAUGUUGUACGGUGCGACGCCGUUCAAGGGUAAGAACCGCAAGGAAACGUUUCGAAACGUGCUGUUGAAGGAGCCGGAAUUCGUUGGGAAGAAAACGGAGUUAACGGACCUGAUUUCGCGGUUGCUCGAAAAGGACCCAACAAAGCGUUUGGGUUACGUUCGAGGCGUCAGCGAGAUCAAGGAGCACCAGUUCUUCAGAGGGGUCAAGUGGGACCUACUCACCCUGGUCGUACGACCACCCUUCAUUCCGUCAAGAGACGACGCUGACUUGGCGGCGGAGCAAUUCACCUCCGGAGUGGACAUAAGGGACUACUUCCGGAACUUGAAAUCGCCGCCGUCGUUGCCGCCUUCUCCGUUGCCGUCACCGUCUUCUGAGUUUCAGAGGAAUGUUUCUUUAGCUGAAUUCUGACGCACGUGUGGGGGCUUGGACGAGGAACAGUUAGUUAUUCUUUCUAGUUACUCGGAAUUUCUGUGUAUAUAGAAUAACGGUAGAACGUCAAUAAACGGCGUUAGCAAGAUUACUUGGUAUAAUAUGGUUAUAUAUAAAUAAAUAUAAACUACAAAUAGAA